CCCCAGGUCCCUAUAGGCAGGGCUGGGGAGUCUGCUUUAGCCAGGUGACAGAAACGAGCACUUCUGGGCCCUUGCGAGAGUGCAGGUUGAUGAAGUGCUGUGCCGCAGGGCAUAGUCCCACCUCUGGUGCUGCUUCAGCCUGGCGUCUUCGGUGCUGGUGCCCCGGCUGGUGAGGAGGCUCCCAGGGCUCCUGCAGACGGCUGUGUUGCUGUGCUGCCCUGUGGCCAGGUUCUGGCCGGCCCCUAAGUUGGGUGCAGGCCAGAGCCUGUGCUCUGUGGUGCUUGUUGGAGGGUGCCAGGCUGCGGGGGACGGCCCUGUAACUGGGGUUGUGUGCAUCCCCUGCCCUCGGCAGGUGGUUGGAGGGAUUCCCUGUAACCAGGACCCGGCCUUUCAGAGGCAUGGUGUCAGGAGUCAUGGGGCCAGGCAUGUACCCUCGCUGUCCUUGGGGCUGGGCCCCGCUCCUCAGCUUCAGGCCAUGAGCCUGACUGUAGAGUCUCGUUCUUGUCGUCCUGGGAAAAGGCUGAGCUCUGUGGCUCCCUCGGUGUUCAUCAGCCUGUAAGCAGGCUGUGGGUCUGGGAGCCUUUGUGCUCCCUUCAGCUGGCAGCCAGCGUGGGGCGGCCACCCCAUCAGUGGAGAGUGCCCUGGAGUUGGAGAGAAGGAGCCUGUGUAGGCCUUGGGGAACAGAGCCGACCUGUAAGUCGGGGCCAGUGCUCUGGAGUCCCAGGCACUUUACAGUCCAGGCAGCGGCUUGAGCCCCCUGUAAGCAGGUGUGCAGCCCCUUAGCCGCUGCUUUGCGUGCCCAGCUUCAUUUGCCCAGAGGGCCUGGUUCCCAGCACCAUAUGGGACUUCACUGGACGAGCUCUAUAGUAGAACUGGAAGGUAAGAGCAGCAGCUUAGAACUGAACUUGGAGGAUUUUGGGCAGCUGAGGGGUCUGUGGGUGGCUGCUUGAGGAUCUCGCUGUGGGGCUGUUGGGUCACAGUUCCCUUCGGGAGCUGAAGCUGCUCAGGCCUGAGUGUGUUGUUGUCCAUUGGCAGAAGCCAUGGGACAACGAGACAAGUGAGCAGGAGCAGGUGUGGCUUCAAAGUCCAGUGCUGAACAGUGAGGUAAGAGCAGCAGGUCUUGGAAGUGUCUCUACUGGGACAUAUUGGUUCUGGCAGCUAAGACUGCUGCUGGGAGACAGUCACUCUGCACUCCCUGAUGGGGCAUGGGACAUGAAGGCAGCACACCUGAAUUUCCAUUCUGGCCACUGUCCAGCCUACCCUGCUGCCCUCUGCCUGGCCCUUCCAUCAUCUACUGUGUCCAGGAGCCCCCUUCCCUGGCUUGUCAACAGCCUGUAGAGCAAAACCUCCCUGGUCGUGGCCUGAGCUCUGCUGGAGAGGCUAAGGUCUUGUACCAGGCAUGGAACAUCACAGCUGGUCCUUCCCCAGCCUCACCCCAGCCUCUUAUUUUGCAAUGAUUUCAGCUGCUUCAGCUUCUACGGAGGCUGCUACACAGGAGAAGGGCUUGAAGUGGAAUGAGAUACCAGUAUCAAAUCUUCCAAUAUUUUUGUAAGGCUGCAGAUCUGUUCCAGUUCCCUGGGAGAGUAAAACAACAGUCUGGGAGGAAAAUGAACGCCUCCAUGUCCUUCUGUAAGCUAAUGAUGAUGAAGCAGGCAAUGCCAAUCCAGCCUAUUCUAAACAAGCAAAAAAGAAAAAUAGGAGAGUGGAGGGCUGUAAACGUGGCAGGACUGGUCAGCUGCCUCUCCUUUUGCUCAGGCUUAUGACUGCCAUUGCAAUUCAUCUUUGAAUUUGGCUGGAUGUCAUCUUUCUGCCCUGCAGCUCUGUAGCUCCUGUGACUAACACAGCCUGGAAAAUGAAGGCAGAGCCCUGAAAACAGUGAAUGCAAACCCCACAUGGGCUUUGCCGGGUUGGUGCUCUCAGCCCCCAAUGAAUCGAGGGGGAGGUAAUGUCUGGGUUGCUGCCCUCUCUCCAGGGGUGGCUUACCCUUCCUCCCCCCGUCCUUUUCCUCCUCCCACAUUAGUGGCUCUGCCUGGUGAGAGCUGCUGGGAAAGCAACACAACGGGGCCCAUUCAGUUCUCACUUCUGCAAGGAGCGCAAACACCAGUGCAGGAGCUCGGCAGCUGCUAGGCAGGGCAGGGGACACUUUCCUCUCUUCGACACAUCUUGAAGUCCAGGUACUCCAAACUCCAGGUGUGUGAACUCUCCAGGUGUGAGGGAGGGAGUGAUGGCAUGGUGUCUGGCAUGUGGCAGUGCUCCAGGCACAGCAUGGGGACUGAGUUUAGGGACAUUACAUUGAUUGCACUGGGCAGGGGGUGUGCAGGAGGACUGCCCCAACGCGUGCAUGUGUGUGUGUGUGUGUGUGUGUGUGUGUGUGUGUGUGUGUGUGUGUGUGUGUGGGCUGCAGCAGGACUAAAUGGGGUGACAGCAGGAGAGCUGUGUUGGUGUAUGGGACCACAGGGGAUGGUGAACUACAGUGGCUCCACGAAUUUAAGCCUUGCAAACCCCACUGAUGCUGUCUCAGAGUUUAGCAGGAUGUAUUGGUCGUAUCUGCAGCCUGCUGCCUCCUCUGUGUUUCUCCCAGCCUUGGCCUCUCUCUGAUACCUUCACUCCAGGGGCUCACCCCUGCCCAGCCAAAACCAACCUCUCCUUCCUGCAGCAAAACAGUGGAGUUCUAUUCCAAACACUGCUAUGAAUAGCUUAGGAGGGAAGCAGGGAGCUUGCAGGGUGGGAGGCAGGAUGGUGGAGACAUGGGACAUUUGCCAUUUAAAGAAGGGUAGCAGCUCAGAAGCCUGUGUGAUCACAUUCUCUGGAUGGCUACACCUGCUUGCCUCACAAAAAGAAUUGUAGGAGAGAUAUUGAUAGCUUGCACAGACCAAGGCAAUCUUAAUAUUUUAAGAAAAUGCAGGGGUGGGGUGGGUGUCUGUUUAAAGCCAGCUCCUUGUGAGUGACCUGCUAGCUGUGACUUUCACUUUUCAUUCCAAGAAUUCCUCCUCUCUUUUUUCCACUCUUCCUCAUUUCUAACUUGUGAAAUCAUAGCAUGAGAGCAAGAGAAAGUGAGACCUGACCCACUAGGUGACAGCAGCAGCCCUCUUGGCACAUGGGGUUCCAAGCAGGCGAUGCUGUUUGGGGAUGCAUGGGAGCCUCGCCUCUCCCCUGGCCUUACAUCUGUCUCUCCCCAGCCAUAGGUACCCUCCAAUAUGGGGCCAUCCUGGGGGCUCCUCCUGCUUGCAGUGGCCUCGGGGGCGAUGGCUGCCGCCCACUGCCCUGCACCCUGUGUCUGCGAUAACCUCCGUGCCCAUGUCCUCUGUCUCAAUGGGAGCCUGACUGCCAUCCCUGACACCAUCCCAGAGCUCACCAGAAAACUAGACCUUCGGGGCAACAGUUUCACGAUCAUCCCAGCGGGAGCCUUCCUUGCUACCCCCUACCUGACACACUUAGACCUGCAGCAUUGCAAGGUGGAAAGGCUGGAGGAAGGGGCUUUCCGGGGUCUGGGAAGGCUUGUCUACCUCAACCUGGCCUCCAACGGCAUAGCCCUCCUCUACCAGGAGUCCCUGGACGGGCUCUUCUCCCUCCAGCAGCUCAUUCUGGAGGGGAAUCGCAUUGAGGAGAUACAGCCGGGUGCUUUUGGCCAUCUGGGGUCCCUCACUGUCCUCGACCUGAGGGCAAAUGCUUUGGUCUACCUCCCAGACAUGAUCUUCCAGGGACUGCAGGUUCUUAGAUGGCUCCGGCUGUCUCACAAUGCCCUCCAUGUGCUGGGCAGUGAGGCCUUUGCUGCUCUGCCUGCCCUGCGCAGGCUGAGCUUGGACCACAAUGAACUGCAGGCACUGCCUGGCGAGGCCCUUGCCAAGUUGGAUGGGGCUACCCGACUAGACCUGGGCCACAACCCCAUCACCUACGUGGCUGAGGAAGCCCUGGCCAUGGCCUCGCUGAGGCACCUCUUCCUGGACCACGCCUUCCUCCAGGAUGUGGCACCCGAUGCCUUUGCCCGCAGUCCCCAGCUCCGUAUUCUGGACCUCCGGGAAAACCAGCUGCAGGGGCUGCCACCCCUGGCUAGGGCAGGAGGGCUGGUAAGGGUCAGCCUGGAUGGGAACCCUCUUCUCUGCUCCUGCCUCCUGCGCCCCUUCCACAAGUGGCUGGCAAGGGCACGAGUGCAGGCUGAGGGUGCCUGUGCUGCACCCCCUGCCCUCCGUGGCCGGUCCCUCAACUCCCUGAAGUCCCCUGAGAUGAGAUGCAGUCACCUCCGGCCACCCCCUAGCCCCACGGCACCGCCAGAGCAGCCAAGUUCAGCCGGCAGCAGGCAGUGUCCCCGGGGAUGUGUCUGCUCCCCUGAUUUCCAUCACGGAUCCUGUGAGAAUAGGGACCUGCGGGAGAUCCCUCGGGACUUCCCUGAGGACACCCACCUUCUCGACCUGCGCCAAAACCCCUUCAGGACAGUGCCACCAGAUGCCUUCCCUGGCCUGAAGGAGCUGGUGUCACUCCACCUACAGAGGUGCAGCAUCAGGGAGAUGCACGCUGGGGCACUCCGGGGGCUGGAGAGCCUGGUCUACCUGUACCUCACCGACAACCACCUCUCCACCCUGGAAGCUGCUGCCUUUGAGGGGGCCCCGCAGCUGGCCUACCUCGACCUGGACCACAACGCCUUCACCCGUGUGCCUGCAGGCACCUUCCGGCUCUUGCCCAACCUCAUCUCCCUCCAUCUGCAGCACAAUGCCAUCAGGGAGCUGGUGGAGGGUGACCUGGCUGGAGCCAGGGGGCUCCGCUGGCUCUACCUAGCUGGGAAUGCCAUCAAGCACAUUGCCCCGGCUGCCCUGGCUCCCACCAAGAUGCUGGAAAAGCUGCAUCUGGAGGGAAACCGUUUGUCAGAGGUGCCCACAGCAGCCCUGCGGGGCCUGCCUGCCCUGAGUGAGUUGAAGCUGUCCCGAAACCCCAUCAAGCACAUGGGGGAUGGUGUCUUCCUGCCAUUGGCCUCCAGCCUGCAGCACCUCUACUUGGACAACAUGGGCCUGGAGCAGAUUUCCCCACAUGCCUUCACUGGCCUCGGUCCCAAGAUCAGAAGCCUCUACCUGGAGAGCAACAAAAUGAGUAACAUACCUGACAUGAGCAACUUCACGGGGCUGGAGAUCCUCAACCUGCAGGAUGUGCCUUUCCAGUGUGACUGCCAGCUCCUUCCACUGCACAGGUGGAUCAACAAACUCAACCUCUGCGUAGGGGCCACCUGUGGCUCCCCUACAGAAGCCCAAGGGCUGAAGGUGAAGCUUUCCACCACUUUCCAAACUUGUUCUGGCUGGGGACAAGGCGAGGCUGGGGAUACCAACCCUAACAAGACUAAGGCUGCCAGCAAGCCCAGCAAGAAAAAGAGGUUGGGAAAAUCUCCAGCCCGAGGCUUCAGUAAGAGCAGAGCUUAGGAUUUCUUAAGGCUUAUGGGACAUGUGCUGGACACAACAGGGCCCUACCUACAGUCUGGCUAGAGCAGUUUUUCUAGACUCAUCCCCACCAUGGAGACAUGAAUAUUGCUCAAGGUGCACAGGGAGAGCCUAGUGCCACCUAAACAAUGCUGAUUUGCCAAAGAUGCAGGGUUUGCUUUUGCAGGACACAAAGGUACAUUCCCUAGAGUCUGCAGCAUGCUUUGGUGAUGCAAACAAUGAAGCCAAAUACUUGCUUCUUCUUUCCAAGGCUUCAUCCAGCCAUGUGGAAAAGCUGCUAUCCAGAAGUUUGGUUUUGUUUUUGAAAGCAUUUUCACAGCUGCCAAAAUCAUAGAAGAACCGAGAGUGGGACUGCAACCAGCACCAUCCAGUAAGGUCCUGCACUGGCACAAAUCUUACACUAGAAAGCUUAAAAAUUAUUUGUGAAAAUGUUGCCUUAAUUCCCAGAAGUUCCUCAGAAUUAAAACAUAAGCACA